AUGAAAUCUCAUAUCAACAAUAAAACUUUAAACAUUCCUAUAAAGAACACCCUCAUUGAUCCAAGAUCUGAUAACAUUUGCUUAUUGGUUAAAGAUCCUAAGCAAGAUUCUAUCUCAACCUUAGAAAAAUCUAAUAUCAACUUCAUCUCUGAAAUCGUCUCUUGUCAAGAAUUGAAAGGUAAAUACAAAUCGUUCGAAUCUCAAAGAUCUUUAUUCUCUCAAUUCGAUUUAUUCCUCGCUGAUGAAUCUAUUUUGCACUUAUUACCUAGAUUCAUCGGUAAACAUGCCUUCUCAUCUAACAAACCAAUUGGUGUAAAUCUCAAAUCAAAUGACUUGAAGAAUCAUAUUCAAUCUGUUAUAAACUCUACUCACUACACUCCAUCAAAAGGUGUCUGUCAAUCUAUUAAAUUCUCUUCCACAAAUCACACUAUAGAUCAGCAAAUUGCAAACUUAGAAACCGUUUUAGAUCAUUUCACAACAAAACUCACCAAUUUAAAUGAAAUUAAGUCUAUUAACAUCAAGCUAUCCUCGUCUGAUGCCUUACCUAUUUACAUCAACGACUCCUUUAAGCCAAAGACUCCAACUGAACAAUUAGAUAAGAGGAAGAAGUCAUCCACCUCGACAAAAUCAAAGUCAAAGAAACAAAUUACUGGUGAUAAGUCAACAAAACCAAGUAAGCCUGUUAAAUCAAAUUAA